AUGGCCACUAAUAUUACUUGGCAUCAAGGUGCUGUCUCUUUGGCUGAACGCCAGCGACUUCUCGGACAAAAGGGUUUCACUAUUUGGUUUACUGGUUUAUCGGCUUCUGGAAAAUCGACUUUGGCUACUGCGUUGGAACAGACGCUCCUGCAUUCUGGCAUUUCCAGUUACCGCCUGGAUGGUGACAACAUUCGUUUCGGUUUAAAUAAAAACUUGGGCUUUGGACCUGAGGACCGCACUGAAAACAUCCGAAGAAUCUCCGAGGUGGCCAAGUUGUUUGCGGACGCUUCGGUGAUUGCAGUGACUGCCUUCAUCAGUCCCUACCGUGCCGAUCGCGAUGCUGCACGUGCUCUCCAUGAAGCGGCUGGUAUCCCCUUUGUGGAAGUAUUUGCAGAUGCACCUUUGGACGUAGUGGAACAACGCGACCCCAAGGGUUUGUACAAGAAGGCCAAAGCCGGUGAAAUCAAAGAAUUCACCGGUAUCUCGGCCCCUUACGAAGCACCGGAGAAGCCCGAAAUUCACGUCAAAACACAUGAAGUCACCGUCGAACAAGGUGUUCAGCAGGUGCUGGAUUAUCUGGUAGCACAAAACCUCAUUGACGGUUCCAAGCUUGUAAAGAAAUAA